AUGGUUGUGAUGAUGGGUGUUCACGACGAGAGAUCAAAAAGAAGAAUCAUUAGCGCAGUUGCUAACUUCCAUGGGGUUACAACGAUUACCAUGGACUCAAAGGAUGGGAAGCUAACCAUCAUUGGAGACUUCGACAGCAGGAGAAUCCUCACCAAACUGGAAAAGGGAUGGAUCAAUGCUGAAAUGGCAACAUUUGGACCUUACGAUCCCAAAAAAGAGGCCGAAUCUGCUGCAGCUGCAGCCGAAAAGAAGAGGAUGGAAGAAAGGGAACGUGAGAGGUUGGAGGGUUCUCGUGGAAACCACAAUUUCUAUGGUCCUACGCCUACGCAUCACCAGAUUUGUGUCUGCACUCAUGACCCUUACCAUGGCUGCAUAAUCUCCUAAGAGAGUUUCAAGUGACUAAAAAGGCAUAUGGUAACUUUUAAUAUUUGUUAGAAUUGGACUUCAAACUAGUGUUUCAUCUG